AUGCAUUCUGCAGAAGACCUUGAAAACUUUAAUCUCUUAUCUCAGUACCGGCAUGGAUGUCUUAUCUCCAAGAUUGUAUUUACAGCCUGUGAAUUGGGAGUAUUUGACCUGCUGCUGAAGUCAGAAGGACUCUUGACGUCAGCAACUAUUGCGGAACGUCUGGGCACCAGCCCCAAUGGAAUGGAGAGGCUGUUGGAGGCCUGUGUGGGGUUAAAGCUCCUAAGAAUGGAGAGGAAGGAUGACAGAGCUCUUUAUGGAAACACAGAUAUUUCCAGUCUCUACCUUGCAGAAUCGAGUCCAAAGUCUCAGUACAGUUACAUGAUGUACUUCUCUGAUAUCUCCGUUCCGAAUUUGUGUUACUUGAAGGAAGCUGUGAGGGAAGGAAAAAACCAAAUUGAGAAAGCAUUUGGCAAACCAGCCAAAAAUUUCUAUGAGGCUCUUUAUAGAUCGGAGGAGGACAUGAAGAAGUUCUUAAACUUCAUGGAUUCCACAUGGCACCUAUGUGGUACAGAUGUGAUUGCUGCAUUUGAUCUUUCUAAUUUCUCAGUUAUCUGUGAUCUGGGGGGAGCUGGUGGUGCCUUGGCUAAGACAUGCAUUUCUCUGUAUCCUAAUUCUAAUGUGAUAAUUUCAGACCUACCUAAAGUAGUGGACAUAGCAAAGAAGCAUUUUGUAUCUUCAGAAGACCACCAGAUUACUUUCCAUGAAGGGGAUUAUUUUAAAGACCCAGUUCCUGAAGCUGACCUAUAUAUUUUGGCUCGGGUCCUGCAUAACUGGGACGAUGAGACGUGUGUGCAGCUCCUAACCAAACUGCACAAGGCCUGCAAACCUGGUGGUGGAGUUUUAGUGGUGGAAAUAGUUCUUGAUGAAGACAGAACCGGGCCUUUAGAGGCUCACCUGUACUCCAUGAUGAUGAUGCUUCAUACAGAAGGAAAAGAACGGACCGCCUCAGAGUAUAAUGUCCUCUUCAAUGCAGCUGGCUUCAAGGAGAUUCAAGUAAAGAAAAGAAGUGUCUAUGAUGCCAUUUUGGGAAGAAAGUAA